CUUACACUCUCUUUCUCUCUAAAAAAAACUCUUCUCAUCUUUCAAACCCUUUAAACUUUUUUUUUCUUCUUCAAAUUUCCUCUAUUCUUUCAAGAGGAAAUAUACUUGUAGGUUCAUACUUCAACUUAGGAAAAACACAAGGGGGUGUGGUGGUGGAGAGAGGAAAAGAAACAUAAGAGAGAAACAAAAAAAAACAAGUGUAGUAGUGAAGGAAUUACUUAGUUUGAAAAGUGGGGGUGGUGUGGGGGUGGGUAUAGCAAAUUGUAAUGCGCUCAGGAGCUUAUACAUUGCAAGAGACACUAACAGCCGAGGCUGCUUCAAUCUUGAAGCACUCUCUAGGCUUAGCACGUAGAAGAGGCCAUGCACAAAUCACACCUCUUCACGUUGCUGCUACACUUUUGAGUUUACCAUCUUCUUCUUUAAGAAAUGCAUGUCUCAAAUCUCAACAACAAAAUAAUCAUCCUCUUCAAUGUAGAGCUCUUGAACUUUGCUUCAAUGUUGCUCUUAAUAGACUUCCAACUACUACUACUUCACCUUUGCUUCAACCACAGCAUGUUCCUUCACUUUCUAAUGCACUCAUUGCUGCUCUUAAAAGAGCUCAAGCUCAUCAAAGAAGGGGGUGUAUUGAGCAAAACCAACAGCAGCAGCAGCAACCACUUUUGAGUGUUAAAGUUGAACUUGAUCAGCUUAUUCUUUCCAUUCUUGAUGACCCUUCUGUUAGUAGAGUUAUGAGAGAAGCUGGUUUUUCUAGUCCUUCUGUUAAAAACAAUUUGGAAAACUCUUCAACUUUAAUCAACUCUUCUAGUGUUUUUCAUUCUUCACCUUCUCCUCUUAGUCAUAACCAUUUUCUGAGUUCUUAUGGUUAUGGUUCUGUUCUCUUUUCUUCACAGAAGAAAGAACAAGUAGUAUAUCAUCCUUUCUUAAAAUCUUCUGAGUCUAAUAAGGAAGAUAUUAAUCUUGUUUUUGAUGUUCUUUUAAGGAAGAAGAAGAAAAACACUGUGAUAGUUGGUGAUACAGUUUCUUUAACUGAAGGACUAGUUAGUGAGAUAAUGAAAAGAUUUGAAAGAGGUGAAGUACCUGAUGAGAUGAAAACAACUCAUUUUGUGAAGUUUCAUGGACUUAGUUCAGUUUCAUUGAAGUAUAUGAAAAAGGAAGAAGUUGAAAUGAAUGUUAUUAGAGUGUUGAAAAGGAAGGUUAGUGAUUAUGUUGCAUUAGGUGUUGGAGCUAUUUUUUAUGUUGGAGAUUUGAAGUGGAUAGUGGAUGAUAAUGAUGGAAGUUUGAAUGAAAAAGAAGUUGUUGAUUAUGUUGUGGAAGAAAUAGGAAAGUUGUUUGGUGAAGAAGGGAACAAGAAUGGUAAGAUUUGGCUUGUUGCAACAGCUAGUUAUCAAAGUUACAUGAGGUGUCAAAUGAGAGUACCAACUUUUGAGAAUCAAUGGUGUCUUCAAGCUGUUCCUGUUCCAUCUGGUGGACUUGGUUUGAGUCUUCAUUCAUCAAGUGUGCAUGAUUCAAAAAUGAGCAUCUCUCAAAAUCCAUCUCCUAUGCUGGAAUCAAAGUUUUUCAGUAACAAGGAGGAACAUGAGAAGCUUAAUUGUUGUGAAGAGUGUGUCUCCAAUUAUGAAAAAGAAGCUCAAUUGUUCAAACCAGACCAGAAGAAUCUGUUGCCUUCAUGGCUUCAGUCUCAUAGCACAGAAGCACGUCAGAAGGAUGAAUUAACCCAGUUGAACAAAAAGUGGAACAGAUUAUGCCAAUGUCUCCACCAGAACAAACAACCUCAAAACCAUUGGAGCAACAAUCACAGUUCAAAUGCAAAGAUCUACCCUUAUAAUUCAUCAUACCCUUAUUGGCCAAACCAAGGUAGUAGUAUCUUGCCAGAUACAUCAAGUUCAAUAUCUUUUGCUGAUUCUGCAACCAAACCAGCUUAUAGUUCAAACCUUAUACCUCGAUUCCGGCGCGGACAACAAUCAUGCACCAUUGAGUUCAACUUCAAUGAUGAAAAAGCUCAGAAAAACCAAGUAACAGCAACCUUGGAAUUGGAUUCUCUUAAGGGUAUGGAAGGUACUAAAGAAGUAAAGACAACUCUUGCACUUGGAAAUUCAACAUUCAGUGUCUCAGAUCAGAAAAGGAUGGAAAAUUUAACACUGCAAAGAGAUCAUAUAUAUAAAGUGUUGCAGGAGAAUAUUCCAUGGCAUUGUGAAACAGUUAGUUCAAUAGCAGAAGCUUUGGUUGAUUCUAAAUCAUCAAAGGAAUGUGCUACUUGGUUGUUUUUGCAAGGGAAUGAUUCUGUUGGGAAAAAAAGGUUGGCACUUGCAAUAGCAGAAUCAGUGUUUGGAUCAGUUGAAAUGUUUUCUCAUGUGGAUAUGAUGAAGAGAGAGAAUUCAGAGACACCCUUUUCUGAAAAGGUUGUUGGGCCAUUGAAAAACAAUGAAAAGUUUGUUGUUUUGGUUGAAAAUGCCGAUUUUGGUGAUACCCUGAUAAGGAAAAUGCUUGCUGAUGAAUUUGAGAUUGCAAAGUUUGGAACUUUAGGCCAAAAAAUAUUCAUAUUAUCCAACGGUGGCAGUAUGGUUAGUGAAGAUCAGAAGAAGGAUUCAGUGAUGAAGUUGGUUUUGAAGAUUAGUGAAACUGAGAAAAAACCAACUUUUGAGUUAUCACCAUCUUCAUCAUCAUCAUCAAAAUCACCUUGUUUAGGUAAUAAAAGAAGUGCUGAACUUGACUUGUUUAGCAAGAUAAAAAUUCCAAGAAUUGAAGAAAAUGAAGGGAACAAGAAGAGAGAAUUUUCAUUUUCAAGACAAUCAAGCUUCAACAACACUCUUGACUUGAACAUGAAAGCUGAUGAAGAAGAUAAUGAAGACUAUGAUGAGGGAGAAAAUAGUCCAAUUUCAAGUGAUUUGACAAGAGAAACAUUAGGAGAACAUUUGAUCUCAAAUGAGUCACUAGACUCAAUUGAGAAUUUGUUUGAGUUCAAUCAAAGUCCAGCUAAGAACAAGGAAAUGACACAGAUGUUUAUGUCAAGGGUAAAAGAGUCAUUUGAGGAGGUUUUGGGGAAUGUAAAAUUUAGUGUACAAGAUAAGGUGAUAGAGGAAAUUGGUGUAGGGUGUGGUUCUUUUACUAACAACAUGUUUGAGAAAUGGCUAAAAGGCAUUUUUCAAACAAGUUUAGAGAGGGUUAAUGGUGGGGAUAAAAAUGGUAUAGUUUAUACACUUUGUUGGGGUGGUAAAGAGGAUAGAAAAUGGGAUAGUGGGUUUAUGGGUUCAUGUUUGCCUAAAAAUAUCCAAAUUGUUAACUACUUAAUGGAUUGAUCAUAUCACUGACUUUGGUUAGUAGUGGGGGUGAGAAGAUGUAAAAUGCAAGUAAUAGGUACCUUUUGUGUAACUUCUAAUUUUCAUUAUAGAAUGUGUUUGUUUUCUUAUGCAUUUUUUGUGUACUCUUUACAAUCAUGAGCAGCAUCUUGCAAUGAAAUUGAUGAUUUGUUUUUAA